AUGUCGCUUAGCUUUCUCAACAGCACCAUGCGCGCUGCCGUCAUGACGGGGCCGUAUCAAGUUCAUAUUGAUCAGUUCCCAGUGCCACGCAUCAUCAAUACGACUGGCGCAGUAGUUCGGUUCACAACUUCGGCGCUUUGUGCUCCUUACGCCCGAGUACCGUUCGCCGACAUGGCGCUUAUCCCCGUCCCCUUGACCGCCGAGACCACCAACACCAGCAUCGAACAAGACUACCUGACCGUUUCCGAUGUCUUCUCCAUCGGAUGGAUUGCUGUCACUAGAUCCGGCUUUGAGCCCGGCGACACUGUUGCUGUAUUUGGCGCUGGUCCCGUGGGCCUGCUUGCUGCGUACUCCGCCAUACUUCGCGGGGCAUCUCGGGUGUACAGUGCAGACCAUGUCCCCAUGAGACAUGAGAAGGCCGCAUCCAUCGGAGCCGUGCCCAUCAACUUCAUGGACAGUGAUCCUGUACAGCAGAUUCUCGCAUACGAGCCCGGUGGUGUCAUCCGAGCCGCCGACGCCGUCGGUAUGGAAGCCAUCACUGCCAACGGUACAAUGCAGCAAAACAUCGUGCUGAAUCAGAUGGUCGAACUCGUCGCUGCAGGGGGCGGAAUUGGCCAGAUUGGAAUCUACCUGGCCCAACCAAACACUGGUUUGGCUCCGAAUGCAGAGAGAAUCAUGCCGGAAGUCUCGUUUCCCUCACCCAGUUCUUUUCGAAGGGUAUCAGAUACGAAGGUGGUAUGGCAGAUCCCGAGACUGUUGCUGGGGAGCUCGUCAACUUGA